AUGCGAGAGAUCGCCGAAAAGAUGGACGUUCGGCUAGGACUCGAAUUGGAUGCCGCCGCCGCGGUGAUCGACUUCGAAGAAGACGGGUUCCCGGGUCUGUUUUCGUGCCUCAACGACAUGCUCGAAAUCGGAGACGUCAACUGGGGUCGAAUCGUCAUUGUGUACUUGUUCGGUAGGAAAGUGGCAAAGAGAUGGGCGGAGAAAGGUCUCGAGGACUACGAAGAUACCGUAGCCGAGUACGUCGGCGAAUACGUGGCCACGGAAUUGUCCGGUUGGAUCUCCAAACGUGGAGGAUGGUUGACAUACCAAACAAUGCGUCUUUCGUUUAAAUAA